AUGGUCGUGGAGUCUGUCAUCGCGUCCGAUCUAUCGGACUGGCGCUACAACAUCAGCGCGUACAACGCGUCGGCCGGUGCGAACAAUGGCGCCACCGUCGUGCUCUACUCUGCGGCACUGUGUCACGUGGCGUUGUUCUUCUGCGUGCUCUACGUCGUUGUCGGCGUGCCUUGCAACCUGCUGACGGUUGCCGCACUGCUGCGCUCGCGUCCGCUGCGCACCAGCAGCACCAACCAGCUCGUAGUCAACCUAGCCAUCGCCGACCUCAUCUUCUGCGCCGUCAGCCUGCCCGUGCAGGCGACGCGCUACGUGCGCCGUGCCUGGACGCUCGGCGCCGCCCUCUGCCGGGCCUUCCCGCUCGUUUUCUACGGCAACCUGGCCGUGUCGAUAAUGACGAUGAUGAUGAUCGCCGUCAAUCGCUAUCUCGUCGUCGUGCACGGCGCCCUCUACCGGCGCGCGUGCGCCGGCGGCGGCGCCACGGCGGCAGCGAUCGUCUUCUGCUGGGCGUUCGCCGGCGCAAUGCUGAUGCCGACGUACGCCGGCGCGUGGGGCGAGUUCGGAUACGUCGCCGAGACGUUCUCUUGUUCGUUUCUCGCGAAGGACGGCCGCGACGCUCAGCCGUACCUCUUCACUAUCGGCGUCGGCGUGCCGCUCGCCGUCAUCGUGCCCUGCUACGCGCGCAUCAUCGCCGUCGCGCGCGCGGUGUGCCACCUGUCGAUAACGAUCCGCGUCAAUCUCGGAUAG